AUACACACACACAUCCUUCAGCAAGUACAUGUGAGAUAUGUAUGUUGCGCAGUUUGAUCUGAGUUGUUGUAAUAUACUCUCUCUCUAUGUAUUCUUCUUCAACCUCCCAUCCUUACACAGAAGAAAAUGGGGCUACGUGUCCUUGCAUGCAGCGAUCUCUUUCAAUGGCUUCUUCUCACCAUCACCAUCUGCCUCGGCUUCUGCGUCGUUCUGAAGCAAUCUCUGUCCUUUCUCAGAUGGAUCUUCCGCACAUUCCUCCGAUCUGAAAAGGACCUCAUCAAAAGCUACGGCUCCUGGGCUCUCGUCACCGGAGCCACUGACGGCAUCGGGGAAGCCUUCGCCUAUGGGCUCGCCCGCCGUGGCCUGAACUUGGUCCUAGUCAGUCGGAGCUCUGACAAGCUCCGAACAAUCUCGGACGAAAUCCGAGCCGAAUUCCCGAACUGCAACAUCAGAACCGUGGAGAUCGACUUGGCCGGCGACACUGCCGGAGGAAUUAAGCGACUGAAGGCGGCGAUCGAGGGUGUGGCAGAUCUAGGGAUUUUGGUGAACAACGUCGGGAUUACGUAUCCAGAAGCGAUGUAUUUUCACGAGGUGAAGGAGGAAGUGUGGAUGAGGAUCGUGAAGGUGAACGUGGAGGCAACUACGGCGGUGACGAAGGCGGUUGUGGAGGGAAUGAUAAAGAGAAGAAGAGGCGCCGUCGUCAACAUUGGGUCCGGAGCUGGGAUCGUUGUGCCUUCGCAUCCUCUUUACGCCAUUUAUGCAGCUACAAAGGCGUACGUGAGACAAUUCUCGAAGUGUCUACACGUGGAGUAUGGACAUUAUGGGAUCCACGUGCAAUGUCAGGUGCCACUGUAUGUGGCGACGAAGAUGGUGGCGAGAGUGGCGGCGAUAGAGAAGCCGUCGUUAUGGAUAGCGUCGGCAGAGAAAUACGCGGAGGCCGGAAUAAGGAGCAUAGGCUACGAAGCAGAGUGUAGCCCUUACUGGCCUCACUCUCUUCAAUGUUACUUGGCCUCCUUCCUCCCUCACUCCUCCUUGACGCGUGGCGUCUCCAUGUUGCUCUUUGUAGAAACCCCCGCCUUCAUCACAAAUAUUACUAGUUAGCUGCUACCAGGAUAGUGCUUAAU